CGGUAGCGCCACCGUUCCCAUCUCAUCCUUUCUCCAAAUCUACGUUCCAGCUUACAAUCUUAUUAUUAUUUUUUAUUUUUUAAAUUUAAAAGUUUUCACCUUUUUUUUUUCCUAAUUUCACACUCUCACAUGCACUGCAACUCCAAACAGCAAAAUCUCUAAAAUCUUCAGAUCUGGAAGCACGUUUUCCUUUCCUAACCAUGCGGAGGUCGGGGCCGCAUAGGCAGCAUGGGAGGCAAGGAGGAGGAGGAGGACUAAAGGGAAUUUACGCCAAGCUAGCGAUUGUUGUUGUGGUACUUUUGAUCUGCACACUCUCGCUUUUGUUUUCGGCUACAAUUGGUGGAAAUCGCGGAUCUCUCCAGCCUUCUGAGAUCAAUGCAGAAGAACUUUGGGAAAGUGCCAAGUCUGGUGGCUGGAGGCCAUCAUCUGCUCCACGAUCUGAUUGGCCUCCUCCUCCAAGGGAAACUAAUGGCUAUCUUCGAGUUCGUUGCAAUGGCGGUCUGAAUCAGCAACGCAGUGCGAUCUGUAAUGCAGUUCUUGCCGCACGAAUUAUGAAUGCGACACUCGUAUUGCCUGAGUUGGAUGCAAACUCUUUUUGGCAUGAUGACAGUGGUUUCCAAGGUAUCUAUGAUGUUGAGCAUUUUAUCCAGACACUGAAGUAUGAUGUACGAAUUGUGGAAAGCAUACCUGAAAUUCAAAAGAAUGGCAAAACCAAGAAGAUAAAAUCGUAUCAGAUUCGCCCCCCUAGGGAUGCUUCUAUCAGUUGGUAUACAACUGUUGCUCUCAAGAAAAUGCAGGAACAUGGUGCUAUUUAUCUAACUCCCUUUUCUCAUCGUCUGGCUGAAGAAAUUGACAAUCCUGAGUAUCAACGUUUGAGGUGUAGAGUUAACUAUCAUGCUUUAAGGUUCAAGCCAAAUAUUAUGAAGCUAAGUGAGUCAAUAGUUGAUAAACUCCGUGCACAAGGUCAUUUCAUGUCGAUACAUCUUCGUUUUGAGAUGGAUAUGCUGGCUUUCGCUGGGUGCUUUGAUAUAUUUAACCCAGAAGAGCAAAGUAUAUUGAAGAAGUAUAGAAAGGAAAAUUUUGCCGAGAAAAGACUUGUUUAUAAAGAAAGAAGGGCCAUUGGGAAAUGCCCUCUAACUCCAGAGGAGGUUGGUCUUGUCUUGCGUGCUAUGGGAUUCGACAAUUCUACCCGGAUAUACCUAGCAGCUGGUGAACUAUUUGGUGGAGAGCGUUUUAUGAAACCAUUUCGUGCUCUGUUCCCUCGCCUUGAGAAUCACAGUUCUGUAGACUCUUCAGAGGAACUAGUUACAAACACCCAGGGGUUAUUAGGUUCUGCUGUUGAUUACAUGGUCUGUCUUCUUUCUGACAUUUUUAUGCCAACAUAUGAUGGACCAAGCAACUUUGCCAACAAUCUACUAGGCCACCGACUUUAUUAUGGUUUUCGGACUACAAUUAGACCCAACAGAAAAGGUCUUGCUCCAAUAUUCAUUGAUCGAGAGAAUGGACGGACAGCUGGUUUUGAACAAGCUGUUAGGCGUGUCAUGCUUAAAACAAACUUUGGUGGACCUCACAAGCGGGUGCCACAUGAAUCAUUUUAUACAAAUUCUUGGCCAGAAUGCUUUUGUCAAGUGUCACCUAAAAAUCCUGCUGACAAAUGCCCACCGGAUAAUGUUUUGGAAAUUUUAGACAGCCGGUUGGAGAAUGAAGUGACUAAUGAUCCAGAAACCUUGGAGGAAACAAAUUCCACAAGUGGUACUGAAAGAUGAGAAAUUUUUUUCAGAUUUGCUACAGUUUAUAUCCUCCUAGAAACCUGAGAAAAAGGAACUGGUUUGUCUGGCCUUGUUGAUCUUUUCAGGUUUUUUACUUGCAGUUUGGAGCAAAUUGGUUAGAGCACAUGAAACCAAGUUGGUAAUUGAGAAGUGGCCAUGAAAACCAGCCAGGCAAACUGAAUUGUAAAUCAUCUUCGCCAGGAUGCCCACAGCGAAAUAAUUUGGAGAUUACUAGCCAAAUAUGUUGCUCAGUUGGGGUGCAUUUGCAAGUCGCAGCAAACUUACAUUGCUAAUCAAGGCUGUCAGAUUCAAUCAAAAUUGUUUGUACGUAUACCAAACCAUCUUUCUGAAAACUCAAAGCUCGAUCUUUAGCUUAUUGAAUGGAGUUCCCCUCUUUAGCUCUUUAGUGUGAAAGCUAGGCUACUCAAAGCUCUUGCUUAGUGAUAGAGGUUAGCUAUGAGACUCCUAAAACCUUGAAUUGGAUCUCCUCUUGAAGUUGAAAAAACGACCUAAUUGUUCGACUCCUUGUCGUGAAGUUUAUAAACUAAAAAAAUGACCUAAUCGUUCGAAUCUUUGUCGUAGAAUAUAUAAAUUAUACGUCUCAUGGUUGAAUUAUAAGUACUUACUUCACUUUUAUU